AUGAAAAUUUUUAUAAUUUUAUUAUUAAUUAUAAACUGUGUGUUCGCAGUGCAAGAGUUAUCAGGUGCUAGUCAAAAACAAGAAGCAAUAAAUUUAAUUAAACAAGUGUUUGGAGUAACUACAUCAGAUCCAUGUUCAUCAGGUUAUAUUAGUUGUAAAGCUAUCGAUCCAUCAAAUGUCGACACUUUGUAUUAUGUAGAAAGUUUAUUUUUUUAUCAAUCUCAAACAAGUGUUGUCAAUAUUGAAAGCGAUUUCACUGCAUUUGUCAAUAUUACCAAAAUUCACAUUACUUCAUAUUAUAGAGUUAGUCCAAACUUCUUUAGUGGAUUAAAUAAAUUAAAUAGUUUAACAUCACUUUUUAUUGAUACCCACGAAACUGCAAUUUCAGAUUCAGUAACCAUUCCUAAAUCUCUCAAUAGCAUUAAAUUUAAUAAUCUUGGCGCCAAAUUAGUAAGCGGUUUCUUUAAUGGAAAUGCACAAUUUUUAACAGUAGUUAAUGCAUUACCAGGCUAUGGCAUUGCUUCAACCCUUAGUAACGAUAACCAAUAUUUAAUCGAUUUAGAAAUUCCAUUAACUUUUUCAUCGGGCUUCCCAAACAAUUUAAAUAGAUUAAAAUCAUUACAAUCAUUAAAUCUCUAUGUCUACAACGAAGUUGGUACUACUAUUAACCCAUCAUUAGGUUCAUUCGAAUUCCCAACAUUUGGUGAAUUUAAUGCAUUGAAGACACUCAUUUUCGACUUUACCUAUGACGAUGAAUCAAAAAUUCAACUCUUUAACUUCCCAUCUUCAAUUAACAAUAUUAAAUCAUUAAAAGAAUUAAGUAUUUUCAAAAAAGGUUUCAAGAUUGAUAAAUCAAUUGGUUACUUAGAUGUUUCAAGUAUCAAUACAGGUUUAAAUAUUAAUAUCGAACAAGCUGGCGACUUAUUAAGCUCAUGUACUGGUAGACCAUGUUUGGUUGUUCCACAAAAUAGUGAACUCUAUACUUUUUCAUUAGACUUUAAUAUGACAAAUUUAGAUCUUUCAAACUUUACCUACAUUGAAAUUUCAUAUAACUACUUUUCACAAGAGUUACCAGUAGAUACCAUCGAUUUUGCUUCAAUUGAAUAUUUAAAAAUUAGUGACAGUGCUUUUAAAGGUAAAAUCCCAGAUGAAUACUGCCAAAUUCCAAUAUCAUCAAUGAUUAUUAAAUUUAACAAAUUUACCGAAGUCCCAUCCUGUUUUGUUUGUAUUGGCGGUGCUGCUGCUGAUAAUAUUAUUCCAAAUAAAUUUACAAACUUUGACUCCUCCACCAAUGCUUCAUGUCCAAACUUUUAUGUAAACCCAAGCUAUAAUAAACUUGCUGAUGCUCAAGGUGAUAUUAUAUAUAUUGAAGGAAAAGAUAUGGGUUAUUCAGUUACAAUCGAACCAAGCUUAAACUAUAAAUUUGAAACCUCCAAUAAUAAAUUAGGUAUUGUUAUCCCAGAAGGUAGUGGUGUUGGUCCAUUCAAUUACAAGAUUACCUUUAAUAAUAACCCAUCAAAAUCUUUUGACUUUAGUUAUGGAUAUAAGAAACCAAACCCAGAAUUCUUUUAUAUUACAAGCUCAAAUACAUUAGCAAUCGUUGGUACCAGUUUCAGCAGUGAUGAUUCAAAGAACUCUCUUACUAUUGGUGGAAACUCAUAUACCUCAACAUUUACCAAACCAAACCUUCUUGUUUUAGAUAGUAACCCAGCAAGCUCAAGUUUCGAUGUUGUCGUAACCGUUGAUGGACAAACAUCAGAUAAAGUUACAUUUACCACUUUUUCAAAAUCUAUAUAUAUUGAUGCUCCAGCUAAUAAAUUAGAAUUAGCAGGUGGCGAAGUUGAUUUAAGUGGUAGUUUUGUUGUAUCUGAUAUUAAAUCCGUUAAUGUUAGAAUCAAUAAUGUACCAUGUACUGUUAAAUCUGUAUCAGCAUCUUCAAUUAAAAUAACAUAUCCACCAGUUAAAGUUGGUGGUGCAUAUGUUUACGAAAUGAUCAUUAGUGGUAACCAUUAUAGUACACUUAUUCAAUAUAAAAAUGUUGUAUAUCCAGCCCCACCAACCGAUUCAAAUGGUUCAAAUGAUUCAAGUGAUUCAAACACCAGGUAUUAUCAUUAUAACCCAGAUUUUUUAAGUAUCUUUCUACGCUACCAACAAAUAUUAUUGGAUAUAGAUUCAAGUUCGUACAUUAGUUUAAUAGUAAUUGUAAUAUUUUCAAUAAAUAAUAAUAAUAAUAAUAAUAAUUAUAAUUAUAAUUAUAAUAAUAAUAAUAAUAAUAAUUUCAAUACUUUCACUCUUUUCAUAUCAGUAUUAAUAAUGAUUGGUAAAAUGAUGGAACCACAUCAUGGUAUUGCUCCAGCACAACAAUUAAAUCAAGAAGCUAAUAUAGAGACCACUUUUUAUAGUCCAACCUUCAAAAGAUAUGAAUCUGUAACAUUUUAUGCCAAUUUAUUAAAUAUUUUAAAACAAUAUGCCGGUAUUGUGGAUAGAUAUCAAGCAGCUGCCCGUAGAAUUAUUUGGGGUAAUAUCUUUCAAUUAUUAGCCCAACCACAAAGACCAUGCGACCUUUUAUUCUCUCCAGUUAUUAGCUCUUGGUUAGACGAGAAAUCAGUAGACUUGAUGGAUAUAGAAACCUACUUUACUGCAUUCACCCAAGCUCAAUAUCAAUACCCAAAUAUAUUUUUAGAUUUUCCACCAGUACCAAGUGCUUUCUCGAUUCCAGGUAUUAGUGCCCCUAUUACCAGUUUUAGAAUUCCAAAAUCUCAUUUACCAAACUUGGAGUCUACUUUUGGUGUUUUACAACAACAAUCAUCACAACAAUCAUUCCAUACACAAAAUCCACUCCAUAAACAACAACAACAAUUUAAUAUAAAUCAAUUACACCAAAUACAACAAUUACAACAACAACAACAACAAAAUAGAUUACCAAAAUCACCAUCACUUUCAAACAUAAAUCCAUACCAAAACAUUGAGAUUUUAAAACAACAACAACAAUUUCAAUUACAACAACAAUUACAAAUCCAACAACUUCGUCACCAACAACCACUCUUUAAUUUCCAACAACAACAACAACAAAUUCAAUUACAACAAUUACUUCAACAACAACAACAACAAUCUCAAUUAUUAAUAAAUCAACUUCAAAACUCAUCACCACCACAACCACCUUUAUCUUAUAGUCAAAAGAAUGCCACCGUAUGGUCCACCGAGCUUCCAUCAGUUUUCCAACAAUUAUCACUCUUACAAAGCUGGUCUCCUUACCUUCAAAAACUUUCACCAUUCUGCAAAGAGCUCAUUUGGAAAACUUGUGGUCUCUUUGUUCAUUUUACAAACUUUGAAAGAAGCUCCUUCUUGGUUACAUUCUUAAGGUGGUCCAAAGAUCCAAUUCCAAAUCUUUCCCAUAUCACAAUUAUGUUCUCUGCCAUUGGUUAUCUCAAAGAAAGAGGUUUAUUAAAAAUUGAUUUAUUUUACCCACAAACCAAUACACCAGUUUUCAAAGAUUCACCAAUGGCCAAUAGAAAUCUCGAUACCGGAAGUAGUAGAGGUUCACCAAACUCUUCACCAUCUCAUAGUCAAUCAUAUGAUGACUUUAAUAGUCUCGUCGAUGAAGAUUAUGAUGUCGACCAAUACGAAUCAGGUGUCGUUUCAGAUGAUGAAGAUUUAUCGCCAGUAUCAUCAUCAACUAUAACUGUACAGUCCUCAAAUUCAACUUCAAACUCAAAUGCUAAUUCACCAAGAUCAACCAACAUCCAUUCAUUAAACAAUAUCAACGCAGCUUCACAAGGAUUAAAUAGCCUCGUAAAUUCAAAGAAAAGAAAAUCAACUGAAACAAUAAAUGAUUUAGCCGUAGCUGCUGUUUUUUCAGAUAGUUCAAAUAAUAACAAUAAUAAAAAUAAUUAUAAUUCAACUUCAUCAUCAUCAUCACCAUUACCAUCACCAUCAACUUCACCAAAGUUAUUAUUAAAUAAAAUUAAUAGUAAAGAAGUCGAUCUUGAAGAUAAAGAAGAUAUUUCAAAACAACUUCAUACUCUCAAAAGAUUAAAAUCAACUGAAUCAUUAACUGCUUUGGCCAAUAGUAUUCCAGACUUUGAUGAAAAAGUAAAUAAUAAAGGUGAUGGUAAUAAUAAUAUUCAAAUUGAAGAAAUUCAACAAGAAGAUCAAGAACAAGAAAAAAAUAACAAAAAACAAAGUGAAGGUUUUGAUACCGAGCCAUCAGCUGGAAUGAAAAAAAGCAAAUCUAUGAAUAUUAAUUCUAUUCUUUGCUAA